UGGAUUCGGAACUCGGAAGCGUCUAUCUGUGUUUUAGUUCGAUUUUGUUUUCUCCCAACUUUUCAUUAAUUUCUUUUUUCAAUUUUUUCUUUAUUUCAAUAAAUUCAAAAAAAAAAAAAUAAAUCCAACAUAAUCAAAUUGAAAAAACCUACCAAAAAUAUUAUGGGCUCAAAAAAACACAAAAAACAUAAAUCCGAACGACGAGAUAAAUACGAAGAAUAUAGCAUGGAUCAUCGGCCGAGCAGUCUGAAGUUGAUUCUGAAAGUCGGGAGCAAUUCCACUCCCGAAUAUGGCAACGAUUCGCCGGCAUACGGGCAGCAGCAGGGACUAGACAGCACGGAAAUGCCCAGCUCAUCGAGCAGAGACCCAAUGCCCGGAGGAGGGGGUUCGUCGUCGGCUGCGAUGGGUGAAGAACAGCAGCAUUUCUUUGGUAAUCCCGAUUCGGAGAUGCCCGAGAAGCACAAGAAGUCCAAGAAAAAGAAGAAGAAGAAGGACCGCGAGAAGAAGCACAAGCACCACAAAGAGAAGCGACACAGACAUCGCGAGGACUCGAGUCAGGAUGAGUUCAGUUUCGUUGAGGAAAACUCGGGGCCUCUGCCGGAGAACAUUCUCUAUUAUGCCGGGGUGACAACGGGCAACAGUCCGUCGUGUCGUCCAGUGGCCAAGCCGAUUAUUCCGAAGAAAAUCGAGGAGACCAUCAGCUCGCCGCUCAGCAGCCCCGUAAAAGUGUCCGAGCCGAUGCAGACGCCUACCGGGGGAAAAGUUUACCUUGAAGCAGCUUCCCCGCAAGGGAUGCAAAUCAAUAUCCCGUCGCCGGGAAGUGCCUCCACUCCGGGGACUAUAACAACGCCUGGCAAUUCCACCCCAGGGCCGGCAUUGACCCCGAAGCCGCUGGAGGCUCCGAAAACUCCCAGUUCGUCGAGUGAGUCUGGGCGCGAGCCACGGACGUGUGUGCUGAAGCUGAAGCAGAGUAAGUCGCCUCUGACCAAGCUCCUCGACCAUCUGCUGCGGUCGCUGGAGAAGCGCGAUCCUCAUCAGUUCUUCGCUUGGCCAGUGACUGACGAUAUUGCUCCUGGCUACUCGUCCAUCAUCACCAAGCCCAUGGACUUCUCGACGAUGCGUCAAAAGAUCGAAGACAACGACUACACGACUCUGGUGGAGUUUUCCGACGACUUCAAGUUGAUGUGCGAGAACGCCAUCCGCUACAACCACAUCGAGACUGUCUAUCACAAGGCGGCCAAGCGUCUGCUGCAAAUGGGUUCGAAGCUGUUGCAGCCUGAGAGUCUGAUGCGAAGCCUCAAGCCUCUGUCUGGCUACAUGCGAGAGCUGACGGCCAAGGAACUCGGCUUCGAGUUGCUCCACGGCGAGUUCAAUGACCAUCAUAUGGCCGAUUCGGCGGAUGAAGGAGCGUCCACUGGAGCCGAGGAACCCACACAAGCUCAAAUCGAGGAGGAGGAGAAGCGCCGUGCGCUGCGUGAAGAGAAUGAACCCAAGAGUCGAUUCCAGCCUUACGUCGAUGAUUUGACCUCGGAAGAGAUCCUGGCUCAGGUGCAGAAUGCCUCGCGCAUCGCCAAGAAGAAGCUCACGGCCAAGGAGAAGGCCUAUUCCAUGGGAUUCCUGAGACAGAACAAAGAUGGAACCACUUCGAUGAAGAUUCUGCUAAAGGACGAAAAUGAGGGCCCCGAGAAGGUGGUUUCCAUUGGUGACUUGGUCGGAAAGCUUAAGACAGGAACUGGGCAGUUGCAGGGCCUCCGCGAGGACAAACGAAAUGCCGCAAAAUUGGUCAAACCACUGAACUAUGGAGCCUUUGCAUCGUUUGCUCCGGUUUUCGAUUCAAGGUUCUCCAAUCUGGGAAAGGAAGAAACUGAUUUGGUCCUAAGGACUUAUGGUGACGCAAGCAGUGCAGAGUAUGCUGAAAGCAUCAUGCAAUUCACUAAAGAUAGCAACUACGCCACGGUGCUGGCCAAUGGCCUCCUGGAUGUCCUCACAAAUGGCGAACAUAGCAAAGCUAUGGGCGAACUCUACGACAUGCAAUGUGAGACUUAUGAAACCACUGAAAUCUCAAAAUGCUUCCCCGAGACGAAGGAACAAAUCGAGGAGGAGUAUGAGAAGUACAAGACGACGAAGAUCGACUUCAAUCGAUUGAAGUCUCUGAAUGAACUGGGCAUAGACAUGUCCUUCCUGAACGACAUGGAAUCUGAGACGAAGAACUACGAAUUGACGCGGCGUCUGCAGGAGCAUUUGAGUAAUAAUCUGUCGCUGCUGGAGAAGCUCCGCAGCACUCAGCAUGAUCGACUGUCGCAACCGCUGCCAGCGCAUUUGGCCCAUGUCCAGCAACCUGGUCCUGAUGAGACGCAGCUGGCCAAUCAAGUGACUUUGCAUUUGUCUGAUAUCUGCAAGAAGCUGCCACCUAGUGCAAUUGCUGAUCCUUAUGGUCUCAGGAAGGCAAUGGGGCUCUCCAAUGUUGGUUUGCCUCCACCGCCAUCACCACGUCUAGUAAUUCCAGCAAUGCUCCAGGAGCCGUGUCAGUCAAUGACAAUCGGAAUCAGUCCCGAACCAAUUGUAGUUGGUGGCGUUCCCAUGGAAAUCGAUGACGAUGUGACCGAUUCAAAUCCGGUUCAUACGUCCGUCGAUCUGGAAAAUGAAUUGAGAGAGUUCCUCGAGAGUGGACCAUCGUUGACCACGAAUGACGAGACGAGCAACAUCGAUCAACUGUUGCUUAAUUAAUCAAUUUUAUUUUAUUUAUGUAUUUUAUUGUGCAAAAUUCAAAAGAACUUUUUUUGGAUUUGCUACAAUAAUUGUUUUAGUUUUUAUUUUGUAUUCUUUCAAUUUAAUUUGGUUUCGUAUGUUUGCAUUUUUGAUUUGUACUUUUUUUUCUUUCAUUUCCUUGUUUCAAUUUUUAGGGAUUUUUGUUUUAAAUAAAACUUAAAUUUUAACCUUUUA